AAAAAGAAAAUGACUAAAGCCAGAGUGGCGAAAUUAAAAAUCAGACGUUACAAGGCAAAUAGUCGAGAAAGAAGUCGAAUGCAUGGGUUAAACCAUGCCUUGGAUGACCUGCGCCGACACGUGCCUUGUUAUUCCAAAACACAAAAACUGUCAAAGAUAGAAACUCUUCGCCUUGCUAGAAAUUAUAUUUUUUCCUUGGCAGACAUUUUGAAAAAUGGUGUCCGUCCGGAUAGCGUGUCGUUUGCUAAGUCGUUGUCUAAAGGUCUGUCUCAAAACACGAUGAACAUGGUUGCCGGUUGCCUACAGCUUAAUCCAAGAACACUCCUUCCAGAG